UAGUUUGUAAGGAUAACAACUGAUGCAUCACUUCACAUAUAAUGAUUCUAUACAGUCUUCUGCUAGGCCUGUGUAGCAGCACCUAGUAUUCCCCGAAUGCAGCCUGCCAGUCUGUUUCCAUGUCUCUCUCUGCAUUGGGCUGUGGGCAUCCAGGCAGGCACUGUGUGGGUCUCGCCUACAUCUGUCGUGCUCAGCCCAAGGUCUUACAUAGAGAAGAGGCCUCUACAUAUUCUGUUGAACAGGCAUCCGCAGUGGUGAAGCUGAACGUGGGGGGCGAGCUCUUCACCACUACUCUGGGCACACUGAGAAAAAUUCCGGGUUCAAAGCUGGCAGGUAUGUUCUGCACCUUAGCCAAGGCCUCCACCAGUAAGGAUGAGGAGGGCCGAUUCUUCAUCGAUCGCCCCGGCACCUAUUUCGGAGCCAUCCUGGACUACCUGCGCAGCGGGCAGAUGCCCAAGCAGCACAUCCCCGAGGUGUACCGUGAGGCUCAGUUCUUCGAAAUCACGCCUUUAGUCAAGCUGCUGGAGGACACGCCGCAGAUCUUUGGUGAGCAGGUGGCUCGGAAGCAGUUCUUGUUGCGGGUGCCAAGUUACAGCGAGAACCUGGAGCUCAUGGUGCGCCUGGCGCGUGCCGAGGCCAUGGCCGCGCGUUACUCCAACGUGCUGGUGUGUGUGGUGCACACGGAAGGGGAUGCGGCACACUGCGAGGAAUCCCUGCGAGUCCUGGAGGCGACCAAGAGGUUGGUCGUCAAAUUCGGGCCUUGGAAGGCGGCCCCGGUCAUCAGGGACCUCUUGGACUCCGUGCAGAUGGACAUUGAGGCUCAGGGGUACCAGGUAGCCUAUGACUACUGCUCCAAGAAGACAUUUCAGCCUAAGGCAAAUGCCCACGAAUACUUCUAUACGUUCCGAUUCACCUGGUGGUGAUUCUCAGGGGGCGGGGCUGUUUAUUAUGGGCUCUGGUGGGGCUUAUGAAAUUAAAAGUUGCCUUCAAAAA